AUGGACGAAGUUGAUACCUCUAUUGUAAGUUAUUCUUACAUUUUAUAUUCUGUAUUUUAAAUUUUGGUAAAAACAACAAAAUCUAACCUUAUAUAGACUUUUAGACGUCUUAUAGCAACAUUACUAUUAUGGUUUAAAAAAAAUUUUUUUCUUAAUUUUCAGCCCUCUUCGCAGUCCCGAGCUGUUGAACAUCCAUUUUUCGACCGGUCUUUGGUGAGUUUUUUCAACCUUUUAAGAUUUACCCAACCUUAUCCUUUCCUUAUAUUUUAUUACGUGCCGACAAUUCUUUAUGUCGGCACCUAAUAUUACAGACCACGCCAUAUUUUAAUUUUAUUUAUCCUACCAUAAUAUGCUACCUUAAUACCUUAAUAAGGUAGCAUAUUAUAUAUAUAUAAGAUACACCAUCGAAACCAACCCUCCAACUCCUCACCAGGCCAAUACCUACCUUAACACUUACUUUCCAGAAGUUUGCAAUUCCAGUGAACCUCCUGCUAUGUAUUGUGACAAUUGCUUUUGUGCUUCGUAUUGCUCAUGCCACGAUGAAUGUCAAGAGAUAUCGUCGAAAGAGAGCCCUAAUAUUGGCCGAUAUUUUCGUAGAUGACAACGACUUCGACCGGUACAGUAAACUUCUAGAAAGUGCUAAUCAUGCUGAAAAGAAGUGA